GGUGCCCCCCGGCAGGUAGAGCCAGGUGGGGCCGCGGCAGCUCCCGCUGCUCCUGCCCUUCUGGAACCCAGAGAUUUGUCCCUCCUGCCGCCCUCCGCAGCACCUGCACCUCCCUGGAUAAAUACAUCCAAGAAGAGGCUUUGCGGCGCAGCCACCUUAUCCCAAACUCCAGGCAAAGGACUGCCGGGAGCAGCGACUCGCUGAGUGGAGGAAACUUUUUGCCAAACUUUUUUCUGGUGCUUUUGCUUCGCUUUUUAACCCCUUGUGUUCCUCAGCACCAGCCAGGCGGGCUGGGGAGGCUUCUGAGGCAGAGCAACGCUCCCCUCAGGCACCCCAGGGAUUAGAGAAACGGGGGGAAAGGAGGAAUAAGGUUAUUGUGGAGAGGGUGGGAAGAAAAAACUAAGAACUCGCACCUCGAGAAGAAAGGAAGGAAAACACACACCGCAGCCCCAGGAUGAAGCAGUGAAUGGAAAGAACAAUUUAACUGGAAUCAACAAGUGGGAACUUCUGCACGCCUUGUCCUUUCCCCCCUCCCUUCCCGCUGCAGCCCGCGGGCUUUCACAAACUUAUUGCUGGAAAAGAAAACUUGUCCCGGAUUGCGGACCUCGCCUCGCACGGGAUCCAGAAGUCGCUGGCAGUGGCCCCGGCGAUGCUGCCCAGGCCGAGCGCCGUCCUGGCCGUCUGCGCCCUUCAGGGGCUGCUCCUGCUGCACGGCCUUGCUGAGGAAGAGCUUUUGGAGAAGCCAGUGCUGAGCAUUGCCAAAGACCACAUCAUCCUCUCACCCGGAGACACCCUGAAAAUAAAAUGCAGGGGAGCCCCGUCUGUGAGCUGGGUGCUGAGGGGGGAGCACCAGGACAGCCCCCGGGUGCACAGGAGCAGCUGCCGUGAUGGCACCGGGCAAAGCUGUGCCGCCCUCGUCAUCAGGAGGGUCGUGGCCAACGACACCGGCUACCUCAGCUGCGCCCUUGACCAUCACCCAGCCCGGGAGGACCUCAUGGCCCAGAUCUACAUCUUUGUCCAAGACUACAGGAAUCCAUUUGUGGAGAUUCACCCUGAGCAUCCCGAAAUCAUCUACAUUUUGGAUGACAAGAAAACGGUGGUUAUCCCCUGCCGCGUCACCUCGCCAGACAUCAGACCCAAGCUCACCCAGUAUCCUUCUUCUGCAGAGAUCAACUUCAAGAGGAUGGUGUGGGACCCGAGGAGAGGGUUUGUCAUCCCCUCUCACUCCUUUGUGUACUCUGGAGUGCUCACAUGCUCUGCAAACAUCAAUGGCACCGUGUUCAACUCCUACUACCUGGCCCAGAGACUGGAGAGCAGAAUACAGAACCUGGCUCUGAAAGCAACUCCCAAAAAACUGCUGGUUGGAGAGACUCUCCACCUGGAAUGCAAAGCAGAAACCUUCAUCAAUGGGCGCAUUGAGUUCAUCUGGACGUGUCCCCGUGGGAGGCACCCCCAUCCUAGGAGAGCAAUGGACCGGAGUGACGUGGUGUAUAAAGCUGGCAGCAGCCUGACAAUUGAAAAUGUCACCAUGGAGGAUGGAGGGUUGUACAUCUGCAGGACAUUCAAUGCCACCAGGCUGGAGGCCAACGUCACAGUUACAGUGUAUGACAAACCCUACAUCACCGUUUCACAUAAGAAAGGGCCUUACUACGAGAUCACCUCGGGACACAAGUCACUCAAACUGGCUGCAAAGGUGGACGCCUUCCCUCGGCCCAGCGUCUCCUGGUACAAGGAUGGCAAACUGAUCAAGGACAACCACACCUGCUACGAGCCAGAUCCACUGAAGUACAGGCUGGGAAUACGGGAUGUGAGACCCAAACAUGCUGGGAACUACACCAUUGUCCUGAGCAACCCCAAAUACGGCCUCUACAAGAACCUCACCAUGCAGCUGGUGGUGACAGAGAGACCCAAAAUCUACGAAAAGGAAACUGAUUUUGAUAAGAUCGUGCGGGUGGAAUUAGGAAGUAAAGACAAGAUCCAUUGCACUGCAAGUGGGAAUCCUGAGCCCAGGAUCGAGUGGAAGUGGCAGCCCUGCAGCCUCACAGACUCAGUGUGCAAACCCGAGGGGCAGAGAGUGGUGGUUCGGGAGAACGUGGUCACAGGCAACAAGAUCAGAAGUAUUGAGAACAUGCCCAUGAAGCACGGGGAUAAAACAAAGAUUGUGAGCACCCUCACCAUGGAGAACAGCAGUGCCUCAGGGAUCUAUUACUGCGUGGCUUCCAACAAGGUUGGCGAGGAGGAGAGGAGCGUCGAGUUCUACGUGUCAGAUGUGCCCUCUGGGUUACAGGCAGCCCCCCAGGUCACAGCCAUCGUGGGCAGCGACGUCCGCCUGACCUGCCGGGCCUCCAGGUACAUCUACACCCACCUGGCCUGGUACCUCCCCUCCUCAGGGGCAGCUCCCAGCGACUCCCUGGUCAGGACAACCGGCAAAUACUCCAUCUCCCUGACACUGGUCAUUCCCAACGUCACGAAGGAGCAGAGUGGUCUCUACAGGUGCCGAGCUCAGAACCAGCACAACAGCACGGACACGCUGGAGCAGCACACGCAGCUCCUGGUCAGAGCAAAGGCAGCGCCGUUCGUGAUCCAGAACCUCACGGACCUGGAGGUCAACAUCAGCGGGAAGAUCCUGCUGGAGUGCAGGGUGAGCGGGACCCCAGAGCCACAGGUGACGUGGAGGAAGAACGGAUACCCCAUCUCAGCAGCUUCAGGAAUUUCCAUGGAAAAUAACACCCUGGUCAUCGAGAGGGUGAAGAAGGACGACGAGGGGCUCUACGAGUGCCGGGCGUCCAACGAGCUGGGCCAGGACAGCACAUCAGCCUUCAUCAAAAUACAAGGCUCUGAGGAGAAAUCCAACAUCGAAGUGAUCAUUUUGGUGUGCACUGGGCUGGCUGCCACUCUCUUCUGGCUCCUCCUCACCCUCUUCAUCAGGAAACUGAGAAAACCCGAUGCCACGGAUAUUAAGACAGGAUACCUGUCCAUCAUCAUGGAUCCUGAGGAGAUGCCUCUGGAUGAGCAGUGCGACCGCCUGCCCUACGACAGCAGCAAAUGGGAGUUCCCAAGGGACAGGCUGAGGCUGGGUAAAACACUGGGUCAUGGUGCUUUUGGGAAGGUGGUGGAGGCGUCUGCUUUUGGCAUUGAUAAAUCUUCAACCUGCAAAACAGUUGCCGUAAAAAUGCUCAAAGCAGAAUGUGCAACUACUAAUGAAUGCAAGGCUUUAAUGUCUGAACUGAAGAUCCUCAUCCAUAUAGGACAUCACCUGAAUGUAGUCAACCUGCUGGGAGCCUGCACCAAAGCUGGAGGUCCUUUAAUGGUCAUAGUGGAAUAUUGCAAAUAUGGAAAUCUGUCCAACUAUUUGAGAGGAAAACGGGGAGAUUUCAUUGCAUGCAAGUCCCAGGAAAACUCUGACCAAGCAGAGAAAAGUCUGGAUGAGUCCAACAGUGACCUGACUGAACUGAUCAAGAGGCGCCUUGAGAGCGUAGCCAGCACAGGCAGCUCUGCCAGCUCAGGAUUUAUUGAAGAUAAGAGUUACAGCGACUCAGAAGAUGAUGAAGAAGAUGCUGAGGAUCUGUACAAGAGGCCCCUGACUUUGGAGGAUCUGAUUUGCUACAGCUUCCAAGUGGCCAAAGGCAUGGAGUUCCUCGCCUCCCGAAAAUGCAUCCACCGGGAUUUGGCAGCAAGGAACAUCCUGCUCUCCGAGAACAACGUGGUCAAAAUCUGCGACUUCGGCCUGGCCAGGGACAUUUAUAAAGACCCCGACUAUGUCCGGAAGGGAGAUGCCCGGCUCCCACUCAAAUGGAUGGCUCCAGAGGCUAUUUUUGACAAGAUUUACACGACACAGAGUGACGUGUGGUCCUUUGGAGUGCUGCUCUGGGAAAUAUUUUCUCUAGGUGCCUCCCCAUACCCUGGAGUGCAGAUAGACGAGGAUUUCUGCCGGCGGCUCAAGGAAGGGACCCGGAUGAGAUCCCCAGAGUACUCCACCCCAGAAGUGUACCAGACAAUGCUGGAUUGCUGGCACGGCGUUCCCACCGAGAGGCCGACGUUCACAGAGCUCGUGGAGCGCCUGGGGGACCUCCUGCAGGCCAAUGUGCAGCAGGAUGGUAAAGACUACAUUCCACUGAACAUCACCCUGUGUCCCGAUGGAGAAUCCAACCCCAAAACUGGCCCUGUGGAAGAAAACUCGACCCCUGGAGUGAAUCGCUGGAGUGCAGUGGAAACUGGAAACAACAGCAAGAAGAGACCCCUGAGUGUGAAGACAUUUGAUGAGGUGCCAGUGGAAAAGGAGAAAGUGCUGCAUGAGGAGUCGGACAGUGGGAUGGUGCUGACGUCAGACGAGAUCAAAAGCCCCAAGAGGCUGGAAAUCCGUUCCUGGCCCUACGGGAUCAUGGCUCUGGCGAGGAGAGCUGUCAGCAGGAGCAAGGAAUCCAUCCUCUCUGACCACGAGGCCGUCAAGUACCAGCCAGCAGUGCAGGUGGAAGAGGACACCAUGGAUUUCACGAUGGAAGACUCUGUUCUGCUCCCCAUGGAUCCAAACCUGGAAUGCCACAGCCCGCCCCCAGACUACAACUCCGUCAUCCACUACUCGGCCCCCCCGGUGUAACCAAACCCUGCCCAGGCUGCACCUCCAGCCUGGCUGGGUCCUCCCCUGUCUCCAGGCCUGCAUGGAAUGGAAGGCAGAUCUCCCAGGACAAUGGUUCUGAUGUGAAUAGAAACAUUUUAAGAGCAUCUCCUCGACUGACUUUAAAGGCCUAUUGCCACUUGUGCAGUAAAUGAAGGUUCUGUCCAUCAGAACUGCAGGGAGGAGCUGGAACCCCAGCCCUGCCACUCCUCCCUGGCUGGGGCUGGGCACAGGCAUGUGCAG